AGUCAACGUCUGAUCGUAAUACUAUUCACAAGUUUCGGAUUAACUAUUUCAUAAAAUAAACCUAAUUCAAUUUUAAAUUAAUAAAAUAUUUGAUUGAUAUUUUUUAAAAUUUUUAUUGUGCAGUGAUGGUUACAAGAACAAAUCUGGUAAUACAUACAAUUAAUAAAAAAAUUAAUUGAUAUACAGUUUAAGAAGAGAAAAAAAAAAAGAUUAAUGAUAAUUAAAAAUUAUCAAGGUAUGUAAAAAUAAAAAAAAUAAUGUCUUUGGGAUCAAAUUGUCGAGGAGGUUUAUUUUUAAUGCUGACAAUUUUUACAAUUGUAAAUGGAAAUCAUCAUAGACAUAGACAUCAAGAUAUUUAUCAUCAAAAUAAUUUUAUAAAUAAUAAUCGUAGUACGAAAAAUCUCUACAAUAUUUCUCUUAUUGAGGCUAAAAUAAAUGCUCAAUUGCCACCACUACGAUUACCACGAUUGAGGCAUCAUCAUGUCAACCAUUGGGAUCCCUAUUUUGAAAAUGCUGAUGGCCAAGAGAUCAAUGGUUCGCAGCGUGUUGCACUUCACCUCGGAUCAACCGCGAUGCUGGACUGUCGUGUUGCAAUGCUCGCUGAUAAAACGGUCAUGUGGACACGUCAAGGGAUUGAGAGACCAUUUUUACUUACACUUGGAAAGGAUGUUCAUAUAUCAAAUCCACGUUACAGUAUUAAUUUUCAAUAUCCCAACAAUUGGCGGUUGACAAUUGAAUCAGUACGUCGGGAUGAUAAUGGACAAUAUGCUUGUCAAGUCAAUACACAUCCACCAAAAACUCUCAUUACAGAUGUCAAUAUUCUUGCACCAAAUGUAAAAAUUGUCGAUGAAUUUGGACAUGAAUUGAGAGAUCGUUACUACAAAACUGGAAGCAGCAUUGCAUUGAUAUGCUCAGUUCGUUCGUCAAAUUCGAUUUUUGAAAUUUCACAUCCAGCAUGGUCAAAAAGUGGUUUUAAAUUACCAAAAUAUAUUCAAAUUCAUCAAACAAAUAGAUCUCAUGAUGAAUCUGUUAUGGAAUUGUACAUCAAAAGUGCAACAAAGACUGACAGUGGAGAGUAUUCAUGUUCUAUUGGAGAGCUCAGCACAGCAGUAGUGCAUAUUCAUGUUUUAAAUGGAGAAACUCAAGCUGCUGUCCAUGAUCAGUGGAAUUCAGCGAGUUCAUAUUGGAGUCAAAUAUGGAUACUGACAGUAUUAAUAAAUUUUUUUAUUUUCUACAAUUUAUUUCCUCUGGUUUAUUCUAUGUAGUAUUUCACAUAAAUAUUCAUAGUUGUAAUAGAUAUUUAAAAAAUUGAAAUUUAUCUUGUUUUAUUAAAUAUAAUUUUUACUUUUUUUUUAUUUAUUUAAAUAAUAUCAUCUGUAAAGAAAUUAGUUUUAUUGAAUAUGUAGAAUUAUUACAUGAUAAAAAAAUUAUGCCAAAAUAUAACAUUGACUAAAAAUAAUUAUGUCAAUGAUAAACUGUCUUAUAAUUUAUAAAUAAUAUAAAUUGUAAAUAUAAUAUUGAAUGUAUAAAACAAAAAUGUGAUAAAGUUAAAGAAAAAAAAAGAAAA